AUGUUAGCAAGACUUCAAACUAUUUUGUUCAUACUUCGCUUUAUAGCGAUAUCUGGGAGCAAAGUUGCUCGUCAUGAAAUUUAUAAAUUUCCUGAUAAUUUUCUUUUUGGGAGUGCGACUUCUUCCUACCAGAUCGAAGGCGCUUGGGAUGAAGAUGGUAAAACUGAAAAUAUCUGGGAUCAUAUAACUCACACAAAUCCAUGCAUUGUAAAAGAUUGUUCAAACGGAGAUGUCGCGGAUGACUCAUAUCACCAAUACAAAAGGGACGUGGAGAUGAUGCGAGAGUUGGGCUUAGAUUUUUACAGGUUUUCCUUAUCAUGGACGCGAAUCCUGCCUACCAGUUUCCCCGAUAAAAUUAACGAAGCCGGGGUCCAGUACUAUAACAAUUUGAUUGACGAAAUGCUGAAAUACAAUAUUGAACCCAUGGUUACAAUUUUUCAUUGGGACUUGCCGCAAAAGUUGCAAGAGAUGGGUGGCUGGACUAACCCCCAUAUAGUAGACUGGUUUGCAGACUACGCAUACGUUGUAUUUGAGUUGUUUGGAGAUAGGGUUAAGUAUUGGAUUACCAUCAACGAACCGCGAGAGAUUUGCUUCAUAGCAACAGAAUUGUUGCGUUUACCACCUGGUGUAGCGAAUUACUUGUGUACUAAAAAUGUGCUCUUAGCUCAUGCUAAGGCGUACCAUAUUUACGAUGAAAAUUUCCGUUCGAAACAGGGCGGUUCCAUAUUUAUCUCAUUGAGCGCUCCAUGGUUUGAAACAGAGUACGAAGAGUUUGCUAUUGCCGCCAAACAAGCUAAUGAUUUUAUGUGGGCAUUAUAUUCUCAUCCCAUAUUUUCUGAAAAUGGUGAUUUUCCACAAUCAGUCAAGGAAAUUGUGGCCACUAAGAGUUCCGAACAGGGGUUUUAUAGAUCAAGAUUGCCUGAAUUUACUAAUGAAGAAAUUGAUUACGUUCGAGGUACCUCAGAUUACUUCGGGCUUAAUCAUUAUUUUACGAAUUAUGUAUAUCGCAACAGUUCUACAUCCAAUUACUACGAAUCACCAUCAUUCGACGAUGAUCUUGAAGUUGCGACGUAUCAUAAGGACGAAUGGAAAUUAGGCGAAUCAGAGUACAAUAAAUUUGUCCCGUGGGGAUUCCGCAAGCUAUUGACACGAAUAAGAGAGGAUUACGACAACCCCCCAGUUAUUAUUACUGAAAAUGGAUUUGCAACUCACGGUGACUUGGACGAUCAGGACCGAAUUACCUAUUAUAAGUAUUACCUUGAUGCAAUGCUAGCCGCCGUUGACGAUGGAUCGGACAUCCGAGGCUACACCGCGUGGAGCCUCAUGGACAAUUUCGAAUGGGUAGCAGGAUACACGGAGCGUUUCGGCCUGUACGAAGUGGAUUUCACAAGUCCGGAGCGGACUCGAACGCCACGCAAGUCCGCCUUCGUGUACAAGCAAAUAGUGCGUUCUCGCCAACUCGACUUGGACUACGAGCCGGACACUGACGUCAUGACCAUCGACGACGGACAU